AUGCCAUCGGAGAAGGAUACGACCACAGAGACGAUUUCCCUUCCGACACUAGACAGUGACAAAGGACUUCUCGCUCGUCUUGGAUAUAAACAAGAGCUCAAGAGACACUUCACACCGCUAGAGAUUUUCGGAUUUGCUUUCAGUCUUAUUGGGAUCGUACCUUCUUUCUCAUCCGUGCUAAUCUUCUCCAUCCCCAAUGGAGGCGCUUUUGUGAUGGUCUGGGGUUGGACUGUCUGUUCAAUAUUCAUUGCUGCAAUUGCCCUCGCCAUUGGAGACAUAGCAUCUGCCGCACCAACGUCCGGCGGACUUUAUUACUGGACGUUCAUGUUCUUGCCGGAGAAAUGGCGUGGAUUUUUAUGUUGGAUGGUAGGAUAUUCCAACACUAUCAGUAAUGUGGCUGAACUUACGAGUGUCAACUGGGGGUGUGCCAUGCAGAUUAUGGCGGCAGUGAGUAUCGGGUCUGAUCUCGCUUUUGAGGCGACUAUGGCUCAAACCUUUGGAUUAUAUUGUGCUCUUGUCCUUUGUCAUUGCCUGAUAUGCACCCUCAACUCGAGUAUUAUGGCUAGAUUGCAAACUGCUGUAGCAAUAAUUAAUGUUCUCUUGUUCUCUGUGAUCAUCAUAGGCCUUCCAGUGAUGACUCCUGGACAAUUCAGAAACGACGCAAAAUUUGCUUUCAAGGACUUCACCAAUGUAUCCGGAUGGCCCAACGGCUUUGCAUUUAUCCUUAGCUUUUUAACCCCUUUAUGGGGUGUUGGAGCGUUUGAUGAUCCCGUCCAUAUUAGCGAGGAAGUAGCCAAUGCCAGCAUAGCCAUUCCAAUGGCUAUCAUUUGCUCCAUCUUUUCUGCCACCAUUUUUGGCUGGGCCAUGAAUAUCGCGCUAGUCUUCUGUAUGGGUCAAGAUUACCAAAGUAUCAUUGAUAGUCCCAUCAGUCAGCCCAUGGCCACGGUAAGUAUUCAACGAGUCCUAUAG